UUUCAUCCACUUAGGUUAUGUUCAUUUGUUGAAUUGAAAAUUUAUCUGAAAUUAUCUGAUGUAAAGUAUUGGCAAUUCCACCUCGUGAACUCAAUCGAAGAAUAUAGAAAGUCAUUUAUGUAGCUAAGGCGAAAUAAAUAGUUGAAGUGCUCUACCUCUCUCAUCCUGUUCAUCACGGUUUUUAUGUCUUGUUCGGAAAUGAAGCCUCAGUGGAGAUUGCCUAACAAAACCUCAUCAUCACCAUUCUCUUCAAAUGAAGUCGUUGUCUCAUUUUGUUGGCAAAAUUAUUUUCCCAGAGACUUUCAUUAUAUAAACUGAAUCAACAUAGAUUUUUUUUUUUUUUUUUUUUAAAUUGCAGUCAAAAGUUUGACUUUAUAUUUUAUAUAAAUUUUUUUCCUAAUUUUUGUAAAUUAAAUUCCAAAAAUACAAAAUGGAGGCAAAAGAAAAAACGCGAGAAGAAGUCAUGGCCGAACGUGAAGCUAGAAAGAAGGCAAAGCAGGCCAAGAAGAAACCUAAAACUCAGAAUGACCUUGUGAAUGAUGUCAAGAAUUCUUCUAAAACAGAUUCUAUCAUGAAGAUGUCGGCCCCUGAUGGCUCUGUAGAAUCAUCUGCUCCAACCGUGAAUUCUAAGUGUACUAGUGGCAGUGAAAGUAGAAAAUCCACCGUUGAUUUUGUACUAAAGAAGCAAUCUCCAUCAAGUAAAAUAGAUAGUGCUAAGCCUAAUCCAAUUCCAAAAGCUGUGACUGACUGUGCUACCCCUGGGAUUCCCUUGAACGUAAAGUUUCUACAUGAUGCUCCCAUAGUCAACGAUCAAAUCGACGGAUGUAUACUCAAAGAACGUCAAGCUUUUUCUGGUGUGUGUCAACAAGACAUCAAUUUGCUGAGCAAGGAAAUGAAAAAAGCUUCAUUGCAUUACAUUGAAGGUCUUGAGACCGCGCCAAAACCUGCAAUUACUUCUUCCAAGACUGUAGUUCAAGUUUCUCCUCCAGUGAGCAGUAAACCUUUGGAAAGUAGUGGUGAACCUACCAAGAGUAAGGCUGAGUUAAAAGCUGAAAGAAGAGCCAAGCAGGAAGCACAACGGGCUGCCAAGGCUGUCAGUAAAGCAGCACCAGUGAAAACUGCACCCGCCAAAGCAUCGCCAAAACCAGUUGAAAUGAAGCCUGCCAAAUCAGCCAUCAAAAGGCCCACAGCCAAGUCAGACUCUGAAGCGAAAUCUAAAUCAGUAACGUUCGCUGGUUCAUCGACGAAACAAGCAUCCCAGAACAAAAUUAAACUGUUCAGUCAUUUGUACAGAGAAAAAAGUAUCAACUACAAAUCAAUAUUGAAUAGUAUUGACUUACAUCCAGCAGUUGUUGGUCUGGGCGUCCAGUAUUCUAAUCGAGUCAUCGUCGGAUCAAAUGCAAGAUGUGUAGCGUUGCUUUAUGUUUUGAAGCAGAUGCUGAGCGAUUACAAAACACCCGCAGAGAAGGAGUUUUCCCGUGGUUUCGAAGCUAAAUUAGAACCAGCAGUAAAUUAUCUGAACCAAUGUCGUCCAGUCUCUGUGUCCAUGACUAAUGCAUUGAAGCACAUAAAGUGGCAUCUCACUCAAUUGCCUAAUAAUAUAACUGAUGCUGAGGCCCGCCUUAAGAUGAGUCAUGUAAUCACAACUUACAUCAAAGAACAAAUUGAAGUAGCUGGUGAAGCAAUCUCGCUAUUUGUCCGCAAGAAAAUUGCCAAUGGAGAUGUUAUUUUAACUUUUGGAUGCUCAUCAUUAGUUGAACGGAUUUUAAAAGAAGCCCAUGAAGCUGGCGUUGAUUUUAGUGUCGUCAUUAUUGAUAGUGCUCCAUGGUUUGAAGGAAAAGAGAUGCUUCGGAGACUUGUCAAGGCUAAAAUUCCAUGCACAUAUGUACUCAUUUCAGCAGCUAGUUUCAUAAUGAAGCAGGCAAGCAAAGUCUUACUUGGUGCCCACGCUCUCCUUGCAAAUGGGUGUGUAAUGUCAAGAUCUGGGACUGCAAUGGUUGCGCUGCUUGCCAACACAGCAAACGUCCCUGUCCUAGUCUGUUGUGAAACCCAUAAGUUCUCAGAGCGAGUCCAAACGGAUGCGUUUGUCUACAAUGAAUUAGGUGAUCCAAAUGAGCUAGUGAGCACUGCGAGUCCACUGAACGGCUGGGAGUCGAACAACUUUUUAGUGCCCCUGAGCUUAGUUUAUGACGUGACACCUCCAGAUUUAGUAACAGCUGUAGUCACCGAGCUUGCCAUCCUUCCAUGUACGAGCGUACCUGUUGUUUUGAGAAUUAAACCCACUGAGUCCUCAGCUUAAUUUGGUUUUUAAAUCUACCUGACAAAUGAUGAAGCACCAUUGUAACUAUCGCCUCUUUUUUAUAUUUGGGAAUUUUUUCGUUUUAUGUUAGUUAAUUUGUAAAAAUAUGAAGGUUCUUUCUUUGAGAAAAAAAAAUGUUUUUAGUAACUGCUAUGUACUGAAAAAUUUGUUAGACAGUCAGCAGUUAAAGUAUUUUUGAUCUAUUUUCACUUCUGAAUAGAUCAUAAAGAAAGUACUCUUUUCUACAUAUAUUCUUCUAUCAUAUUCUUUUUCAUUCAUUUCAUUUCAUAUCCUGUUGUUCGAACAUAUGGGAUUUUUAAGCUAAUACUAACAUUUAUUACAGUUCAUUAUUCAUAGAAGAAACUUCCAGUUUCCGCUCAAUACAUCCAAUAAUAUUACAAGUGUUUUAUUAAUUGGGCUCAAGUCUUUCACAGUCAUGUCAAUCUUCAGAAUUCUAAUUGACCCAUAAAUGGUUUGAGAAUUUUAAUUGUUAAGGUGGACAUGAAUUUAUGUUUAAAAAAAUGUGAUGUACUGUAAUGGAAAUGAAUCAAUAAAGGAUAUACUCUGUAUACACCUCAGGCAACUGAAAAUGGCAAUUAAAAUAUUAUUUAUGCAAAAUUUAUACACAGAAAUUAAUGACAGAAGGUAUGAAAUGUGAAGAAAAAUUUUGAAUUAAUGAAACAGAAGGGAAAAAGAGAUCUAUCCACCGAUAUAAAGACCAUAGAUUGGUGUGAAGAAAAGCACCCAGCGGGGAGCAGUUUUUCAAUGAGGAGGAGGGGGGUCUAUUCUUGUUCUAAUCUCCAUACCUGAAAAUAACAUGGCUUCUUUCUUACUAGAGUUUUCACUAUUAAAGAUUUGCCGUUUCAACUUUUUGCCGUAAACUCACUUGGAGGAUACCUAAGUCUGAAAACUGGACACAGAUUUUCUAUCACUUUGUCCUGAAUUGGAUAAAAGUCUGGACUCAGUGUUUUAUUUGAUGAAAGUCUUGAAAAAGUUUGAAAACAAGAGUCCCGUAAGAAACAAAAGAAAGCAACUAUGUAUCUCCAUAGUAACGUAACUUUUGCUCUUGGCGGGGUACAAAACUCACUCAUCGCGGAGCAUAGGAUCUUCCAAUCUACAGUUUUUAUAUCGUUGGAUUUAUCUGGUCUCAGACAUGGUUUAUAAAAUGUCAGUCAUUUUUCUUUUUUUUUCUUUAAUUAAGUACAAGGACUGAAAAUAUUUUCCUUUAUAGCUAUAUUCCUUACAUAGCUAUAUUAUAGCAAUAGAAUUAAAAUUACAGACAUUCUCCCCCUCCUCCUUAAUUUUUUUAAAUCUAAUGACUAAGUGUAAUGCACUUAAUUAUACAAUUUCGAUAUCUUCAAGAAUUUCAAGUUUAUUCACCUACAGGAUAUACGAAGCCUUUCAAGUAGAGUUGGGCCAAAAUGAAUUUUCCGCGUCAACGGAUAUGGAUACAAAUAUCGAUUUUUUGUAUUCGGCCGGAGCCGGAUACUGGAUAAUUUGCCAAGGUAUCCGGCCGUAACCAGAUUAUAUUGGAUCCGGAUAGUGCUUUUUCGCGUGAAAAAAAUUUCCGGAUUUCGUGCUAGGGACAAGAGGCACACUGUGUAUUACACCAUCAAGACCGUCAUCCAGGAUGUAUGUGCCUUCGCACUGGCAACCUCCAUAUUUUUCAAUGAUUCGCUAUGAGUCGACAUGCUAACUAAUGAAUACUAAAAAAAAAGUCCUGGCAGAUAAGCAGCAUGGCUUUCAUUGGCUUCAUGGUGUGGUGGGCCAGACGAAUCUGAUGUGCAGUGGUCGCCGGAUACCUGGCCCAACUCUACUUUCAUCGUACCUUAGUUCUGACCAGCUGUUUUAGUUAAGGAAAAAUGGCGGGUUUACCUGGAAUCAGCGUAACUACAUUUGAUGUUGCCUAAUUUCCUCUCACAUUUUAUUUUUGUAACAGGAAACUCAUCAGCAUGUUCCCUCAAGCCUUUCUGUGAAUCUCUUUUAGAUUUCACAGAAUAUAUUCUCAAAAUUUCAAGAUGGAAUGUUGCUCACUUAUCUGCUAGAAAAAUAAAUCAUGAAUGAAAGUUAGGCAAAAAUUGAUGUAGUAAGGCCGAUUCCAGUAUUAUCCCUCCAAAUUUUCUGUAAAAUUAUUAAAAGAACAAAUAAAAGAAAUUCGACAAUUUUCUUUUAAGUAGUUGCUUCUAGUGUAUCAAUGGCUGAAGUACAAAACCAUGCACCUCCAUCGCGUUGUUUCAAAAUUCCCUCUCUCAUCUUAUUUUUUCGAAAAGGAACAAACUAACUUUUUUGUUUGAAAUUUAUACAAAAUAUUUUGCCGAUAGAGAGAAAAAGUAAGGAAGUUCUCAAAAAAUUCUAUUGACUAGUUUUCUAAAGAAAAAAUAAAGUAUGACAGAAAUUCUGUAACAUCGCAAACAGAGGUACGUGGUUUUGCACUUUUUCCAGCGAUAUUUAAGUCUUUUAUCAAAGCCGAAGUAUACUGCUGCAAUCUGUUCCUUUUUAUUUUGUGUUUUUCUAGAAUAUCUCAAUUUAAUGUGAGGUAUCUAGUUUUUUAUUUCAUCUUUAGUAUUUUUAAUAGUAACUGUAGAAAACAUCGGGAUUGUAUGAUACAAAACUGUGUGAUACCUUUGUUAGCACAGCUUUAAAUGAACUUUGAAAAAUAAACCUAUCUCAUGUGCAGA